AUGUCAUCUUCAACUAAUCACCAGGAUGAAUUUACUCAUCAGUUCACUCAUUCUGAAUUUGAAAGACGUAAUAGUAUAGUUUACGGAUCUGUUGGAAAAGGUGGAUUAUAUAUCCCCCAGGAUUUCAUUAAGAAGCCAUCCCUGGCAUUUGAAAGCGAUGAUGAAAUUGAGUCCACUCCUUUAUUAGCUUCAGCAGCAGGCAGGAAAAAGUCAACCAUUGAUCGAGAUAUUAUUAACCAAGAACGUGAAUUUUUAAAGGAUAAUCACAUAGCUAUAUCACAAAACGAAGAUGAAGAAGUUGUAAGAGAAACUUUCGAAAACGUUGUUAAAUCCAAAGCAUUACCCAAAACCAAGCCAAUGGUGGAAUUAAAACAUUUAGUUAAAUCUUCCAUUCCUUUGGUUUUAACAUUUCUUUUACAAAAUUCCUUAUCAACGAUUUCUGUUGUAUCGGUUGGUCAUUUAGGUGCUACCGAAUUAGCAGCCGUUUCUAUGGGUGCAAUGACAGCAAAUAUCACUGGAUAUGCCACAAUUCAAGGAAUUGCUACUGCUUUAGAUACUUUAUGUCCUCAAGCCUUUGGAGCUCAAAGAUAUCAUUUGGUUGGAGGCUAUUUCCAAAAAUGUACUGCUUUAAUUUUCACUGUUAUGUUACCAAUCUUAUUUCUUUGGUCUUUCUUCGGUUAUGAAGUCAUUUGCUUAUUAGUUCCUGAUAAAGAAACAGCCAAAUUAUCAGCUGAAUAUUUGAAAUACCUUGUUCCUGGUAUCCCUGCCUAUAUUUUAUUUGAAUGUGGUAAAAGGUUCUUACAAGCUCAAGGUGUUUAUCAUAUUUCAACGUAUGUUUUGUUUAUUGCAGCACCAUCCAAUGUUUUCAUGAACUUCUUUUUUGUAAGUAAGAUCGGUUACAUUGGAGCUCCCGUGGCUGUAGCUAUUAAUUAUUGGAUUAUGGCUAUUGGAUUAUUAAUUGGAACUUUAUAUUUUGUUAAGCCAGAACAAACUAGUUCAGGCUUAUCACCAUUAGUCUGCUGGGGUGGAUUAGAUUUGAAGAAAGCUUUCAGUUCAUGGAGAAAGUUAUUAGGUUUAGCUAUUCCAGGUUUAGUUAUGAUUGAAGCUGAAUUUCUUGCUUUUGAGAUUUUAACUUUAAUGGCAUCUUAUUUAGGAACUGUUGCUUUAGCUGCUCAAUCUGUUGGUUCAACCAUGGCAUCUUUAACUUAUCAAGUUCCAUUUGCUAUUGGUAUUGCUGCGUCAACAAGAAUCGCCAAUUAUCUUGGAGCUGGUUUAAGUGGACCUGCUGAAGUAGCUACCAAAGUAGCUUUAGUUUUUGGAUUAUUCAUUUCCAUUUUCAAUUUCAUUGUGUUAUUCACCUUUGAUAGACAAAUCGCUGAUAUAUUCACUGACGACGAAGAAGUCAUUGCCACCAUUCAAGAAGUUAUGUGGUUAAUUGCAUUAAUGCAAGUCUCCGAUGCUAUGAAUGCCAAUUCUGCCGGUUGUUUGAGGGGUCAAGGACAAACCAAAAUCGGUGGAUAUGUUAAUUUAUUUUCUUACUAUGUGGUAGGAAUCCCAUUAUCUAUCUACAUUUCCUUUUAUUCACCUUGGAAAGGUUCAUUGCAUGGACUCUGGAUCGGAUCUGUCACAGCUUUGACUAUAAUUGGUGUCGUUCAGAGCUAUUUUGCUUUGUUUGCAGACUUUGAUAAAUUAUGUGAAGACGCCAGAAAUAGAACUAAUAAUGAAAUUAACGUUUAA